ACUUGCUAAAUCCCGUAAGGAGUUUUGUGUUGCUCCAUAUAUAUAUAUAUAUAUAUAUAUAUAUAUAUAUAUAUUUCUAUAUAUACACAUAUAUAUACACACAUAGAUACCUACAAAUUGAAAAAUGGACUUAAAUAGAAAUCGCAUUUUAUUGCUACUGAUCUGGGACAAGUGGGAAGGAAAAGUAUCACUUAAGGUCAUGAAGUGCCCCUCUUACACUAGUAAUACUGUUAUUGGAGGCUAAAACCUGCCUGAUGGUUUGGAUUUUUUUGUUUCUCUUAUGUCAGUAUUAAAAAGCAAUGUGGUAAGCCAUAUUUUAUCUGGCUUAGGAACCGUGGUUCCAACUUUCUGGAUUAGUUGUUUAAUAUUUAAUUCCUCGCUUUAUAUUUUGGCUUUGUUUUACGAACAGCAGUGUUCUAGAAAAAUAGUGAUGAGUAAUGUCUGCCUUUAAUUUUGACUUUUUCUCUCACCUUCUGUUACUGUAAAAUUAGCCAAAUUUAAGAGAAGAGGAGACAGAGACAAUGUGAUGGUGCAUAGGAUGAACUGCAUAUAUUGAAAACCUGAGUUUUAACCAAGUACGUAUAAAAUCUGUAUGGUCUCAUUAGCUGCUACUCUUAAGUCUGGAAUCCUAUCUGAAGAAAAAGAGUAGUGCUAUGUUUUUCUGAGACAUUCAGCAUUGCAAGCUCUGACUUCUGUGGAAGCUGCAAGAUUUGAGAUGCUUUUGAAAAUCUUGCCAAAGUUUCAGGGGAGGAAAGCAAAGAUAUCAAAUUAUCACUAUGCUUUUAUCUUUCGAGGCAGGACUAUGGGGCACGAGGGAAGUGGCUUCACUGCCAAACAGAUCAUCUUUCCUUUCAGAACCUUCCCACCCUGUUACUGCCUAAUCCUCUUCUAAUAGGAAAAAUACCGUAAUAGUACAAGUACUCUGAGAAGUCUAAGAGCUGAGUGUAGAUCUGUGGCAUUAAGGAAAAUAUUUGCUGGUAGAACUGUGAUAGAACUGACUGUAGCAAUAAUGACUAAAUGUGGCUGCACAAGCUCUAUAAAAAUCUUUUCUUACCUUUAGAUUCAAAGGGUGAAAAUGCAGGAUGUCUGUUUGGGAAAGGUGAGGAGUGGGAGGGAAUGCUCUAUGAGUGUUUCAUGGGUUAGAGAAGGGAGAGCUCUUCAGAUAUAUGUCCUUUCUAUGGGACAGCUGUGUUCCUCAUUAUUGCCCAAGUCACUAUGCCCUUAUUGCUGCCCGGGAGACAAAACCCAAGCCUGGGAUCCUGCUCGAGCUGCCUGUGAACCACAGACAACUGAAGAAUUGCUGCUUGCUCAUCCUUGUCACUUUUAUACCCAGUACGAGUACAAAACUGGAGGCAAAAGCUGUGUGAGGAGGAACUGGUGGGAAAUGCCUUCUUUGAUUGCUUACACGGAUACUGCAUAUAAGGUCUUUGGGCAAGGGUUCAUUGCAGCUAAUAUUUAUGCAGGAUUUAGUGAAAGGUCUUUACUUUGCUCUGCUGCUGCCUCAUCACUGAAGAGAGGAAAACAUUAUUGCAGCUUUUCUGUACUUAAAUGGAGCCUAUAAGAGAGAUGGGGGCAGCCUUUUUAGAAGGGCUUGUUAUGACAGAACAAGGGCUAUUUGUUUUAAACUACAAGAGGGGAGAUUUGGGUUAGGCAUGAGGAAGAAAUUUUUUACAAUGAUGGUGAUGAAACACUGGCCCAGGUUGCCCAGUGUGGUGGUUGAUGCCCCAUCCCUGGAAACAUUCAAGGCCAGGCUGGACUGGCCUCUGAGCAACAUGAUCUAGUUGAAGAUGUCCCUGCUCAUGGGAGGGGGGUUAGACCAGAUGACCUUUGAAGGUCCAUUCCAACCCAAACUGUUCUAUGAUUCUGUGAUUAGCUUCUGCUGCUCAAGGCUUUGGAAAAUGCCUAAUGAUUUUCUGCCCAGUAACAUGCUUUGGAGAAUUUACCCAAAGUAAGCCUACAUGCAUAUGUUUGGGAGAGUGAGGGUUUUCCAGACUUGUAAGGCAUAUUUGACAACCCUUUUCUGCAGACCAGGCUAUUUUAGAAAUCUACCGAUUGAGUUUUCCGAAAGUCAUGCUUCACUUUAGAAAUAUCUUGUACUGUGUUCUUCUUGUGUCUGUGUCAGCUUGAGAGUUUAAAUCAAACUAAGAAUGUUGAAGAAGUAUCUUUAAGCAUUUGAAGGGUUGGACUUCAGAGUAAGGUAUCCUGCUUUUUAAAGCAAUUUGUGUCUUUAUUUUGUGCUGCCGUUCCACGUGUUCACUGUGACAAUGGGCAUUAAUUCCAAGCCAGGCUGAUGACCAACUGACCCGAGCCGACUUUUGUUGAGGUUUCUGAACCAUUGCACAAGAGGUUUGAAGGAAAAAGUUUGGGGGCAUGUGACAGUUAAUCUCUUUAGCAGUAAGAAUGAAGUUUAAGCACACUGUUGGAAAUGUGCUCAGUUCUGUGCUGCUCUUUGUUUUAAUUAACAAUCUCCUGCAUAGAUUGGGGGUGUAAACUUCUUUGCACUUUAGUCCAAUUAAAUCAUGUUUGGAGGCUGUCGAUGUUUGGGGGAACUCCCCUUCCCCCCUUUCUUUAGCUUUUCAGUGAGUCUGUUGAAUAAUGAAAGAAUUUGCCUGACAGGGCUUUGUAGUGUUUCAUCGUCUUGAUGAAUUAUUGCAGAGGAUAGACGACAGUCUCUUUUGUCCAAAAUGCAUUGGAAUGAUUCCUCCAAUUCCUCAGAAAGGGAUAAUGAAGCUCAUUCAGCCUUUACACAGACUGAGCACAACAUAGUUGCAGCUUACUUAAUCACAGCAGGAGUGAUAAGCAUUUUCAGUAACAUUGUCGUGUUAGGCAUCUUUGUUAAGCACAAAGAGCUUCGGACAGCAACCAACGCGAUUAUUAUCAAUUUGGCUUUUACUGACAUUGGUGUUAGUGGCAUUGGUUACCCCAUGUCUGCUGCCUCAGACCUGCAUGGAAGCUGGAAAUUUGGAUAUACUGGAUGCCAGAUCUAUGCUGCCUUAAAUAUCUUUUUUGGGAUGGCAAGUAUUGGUUUGCUUACUGUUGUUGCAGUUGACCGUUACCUGACAAUCUGCAGGCCUGAUAUAGGGAGAAGAAUGACCACCCGUAGCUAUGCCGCUCUAAUCCUUGCUGCCUGGAUAAAUGCAGUCUUCUGGGCUUCCAUGCCUACUGUAGGCUGGGCUAGCUACGCUCCGGAUCCCACUGGAGCAACCUGCACAGUAAAUUGGAGGAAAAAUGAUGUGUCCUUUGUUUCCUACACAAUGAGUGUAAUUGCUGUUAAUUUUGUUGUACCUUUAACAGUCAUGUUUUACUGUUAUUACAAUGUUUCCCGGACAAUGAAACAAUACGCCAGCAGUAACUGCCUAGAGAGCAUCAACAUAGAUUGGUCUGACCAAGUAGAUGUGACAAAGAUGUCUGUUGUGAUGAUUGUAAUGUUCUUGGUGGCAUGGUCUCCAUAUUCUAUUGUGUGUUUAUGGUCUUCAUUUGGAGACCCAAAGAAAAUUUCUCCUGCAAUGGCCAUCAUAGCUCCUCUGUUCGCGAAAUCUUCCACAUUCUAUAAUCCCUGCAUUUAUGUUGUUGCAAACAAAAAGUUUCGGAGAGCAAUCCUGGCAAUGGUGCGAUGUCAGACAAGACAAGAGAUAACUAUAAGCAAUGCCUUGCCCAUGACUGUGUCUCAGAGCGCACUGACAUCAUAGAACCCAUGUCAUUUGUCUGCAUAAGUUACAUGGAAAGAAGUGAAAUCUGGGGUUAAAGUUAAUUGAUUAAUCUUUUGGAAUAAUAAUCUGCCCUGGCCAGCCAGCUGUUUUCUGUUAAUCACAGAAAUCUUUUUAGAUAGUUUAAGAAGACAAAAAACCAAAAACUACUAAGACUUUAAUUUUUGAGAGUGAGGUUUAUUGGCCCAACAUGUCUGUCCCAAACAAAAAAGGCUGGUGAGGUGGUUGCUAUGUCUCUUACAGGGUUGGACAAGGCAACACAGGGACAGGGAGAGACUGAAGCGGGAAAUGUUUAGGUUCAAUACAUAGAUUUUUGCACCUGUAAUUCCUAUAAUGAACUACUUUCCCUCAACUUUCCUUGAAAGUUUUCCAGACUUGAAUUAUUCUGCAUUCUCCUUGUGUGAAUAUAUUUCUAUACAAAGCAUACAAGUUGAUAUGCUUUGCAAAGUUCUGUUUUUGUGAAUAUGUUAAGGUAUCAAAAUACCUAGUCAAACCCUAUAGAACCUAUUUUCGGCUUUUAGGAUUUUGAAGGAGUUUCAGGAUAUUUAAUGUAUUUUUAAAGUUUUGGCUCACACAAACAAAUGGAUUUAGUAGUAGUGUGGUUCUAGUGCUUGUGACUGCACAGCAAAUCCUGAAAAUGAGACAAAAUGCACCCUAAAGCUUGACACCUGGGAGGCACAUAAAACUGAGUAAAUAUUUAUGGUCAUUUCUCAUAAUUUCUAAAUCAAUCUCAUGGUUAUAUAGGUCUGUCGUGUAAUUUUUAAAAAUACCUUUGUUGACAUGAACAGUGGAUUUGUUCAGAAUGGAAGAGAUGACUGUGUAUAGAUCUAUUUAUGAAUGGUAGUACAUGCACUCUUGAUGGUUCUCAGAUUUUGAGAAUAAAUAUCUUCUAUUAUUAUGUAUGCAUGCAUCUGAA